AUGUCAGAUUCCAAGGAUUCUGAGCCCUGGAGGGAUGAAAUGCUGCGAGAGGCAAAAGCGCUGCUCGACGCCUUGAUUGAGAAGCAAAAGGCCCUUGAAGGUAUGAACUCUGUACAACCUUCUAACGGAGGCGUUUUCAAGGGGUCGACUCCGCGCCCUCAUCAAGCACUAACAGGGCAACAGUCUUCUAGAUCUAUCAGGGCAACCAUGCUCGAAGGUGCUCAGGCUCCUAACAUAAACCUAUCGGAGAACAAUCCUGUCGCAAAAUCUGACGAGGCUGACGAAGUUGAAGAAAAAGAAAACCGUCAACUGGAACAGAAUGCAGUGGGACCUAUUUGGCUGAUCUGGAAACAAAGUCGCAUGCAACAUUAA